GCGAUAAAGCGAAGUCUUUCAAAGUCGUUGGUUGGUGUGCACGCCGAUUCGAUCACCACCAGAUCAAAAAGAAAGGCGGCUACUGCUCCUUCGCUCAGGUUUUUUUUCCUUUGAGCAUCAUCAUUAUCGCCUUAUCGACUACUUCAUUCAUUGACCGCACCAAUGGGCCAAGCAAAGACGAAGCUAAACAUCAUCGUCUGCGGGCUGGACAACAGCGGCAAGACGACCAUCAUCAAUUACAUGAAGCCGGAGGACCAGCGCACGGAGAACAUCGCGGCCACGGUGGGCUACAACGUCGAUAAGUUCAAAAAGGGCAAGAUCGAGUUCACCGCCUUUGACAUGGGCGGUGCCCAGAAGUUCCGCGGACUGUGGGAGAGCUACUACAGCAACAUCGACGGGGUUGUCUUCGUGGUGGACAGCACCGAUCACCUGCGUUUGUGUGUCGUGAAGGAUGAGCUACAGCUGAUGCUCCACCACGCAGACCUGAAAAACACAGCGGUGCCUUUCUUGUUCUUUGCGAAUAAGAUGGACCUGCCAGGGGCAAAGACGCCGAUGGAGCUGACGCAGAUCGUUGAACUGAAUAGCAUCAUGGGCGACCACCCGAUGAACAUCUUCGCGUCCAACGCCCUGAAAGGGGAAGGCAUCGACGACGGCCUCCAGUGGCUCCAGUCCGCGAUGCUGCGGCAGAGAGAGCAGUCCAAGAAGAAGUGA